UUCUGGCGCGUAAACUUGGGCUUGAGAAGAAUAAACAUAAACCAGCUAAUUAUGAGCUGGCGCUCACGUGUUGUAUUAACUGUAAAUACAGAACGACAUAUUCAAUUAGCACCAACUCAGUCUACUGUACACCAUGGCUGUACGAACAAUUAACUGACUAAACCACCUGUAUGAAGUUCUCUCGCACACAGCACACAGACAUAACACAAACACGAACAACAACACAGAGAACGUUCGCGCGCUCUAAACUUUUACUAGCUUUCGUUUUGGCGCGUGCUUCUGCUCCGGCUCACCGUUUUUUACCGUUGCUCAUUCGUAUCUCGACAUUCAGACAGAGCGCACGUCCGUUUGCUCGUUGCUCGUUCGGCGGCUCGUUCGUGUGUGUGUGUGUGUUUAUUUCUUUGCGUUGUUAUUAACUUUUAUAUUUACUACGUCUACGUUCCUCGUACCUACAUAUGUACAUACAUAUAUAUAGUGUGUGUGUCGUUUAUAUUUAGUUCUCUACAAUUUACGCGCUGCUAUUUCAAUUCGCCACGCCGCUGCCACCUGUACAGCGUUCGGCCAGUGUCUUCUGACCGCCCGCCCGCCCGCUUGCCCCAGCCCCAAUCCAACAACAGCAAUAAUAAUAAUAAUUGGAAACGCUGUCAAUGCCGGCUGCAUUCAAAGUCGCGUUUUGUGUACGUGUAUCUGUAUCUCUAACUUGAAUUCGUGCAAAAAGCGUCGUCGACACCAGCUGAGGCCACCAAAUUACACAAAAAUUGUUCCAUAAACGUAUCUUUUUACAAAACAACAACCACAACAACAACAACAACAACAAAAUAGAGUGUAUUAUCAGUUACCUUGGCAAAUAAAAAUUUGUGCCAAGCAGCAGCAGCAGUGGGGCAGCCGCGUCGCUGUCGACGUUGACGUCGCGCGUUUGCAUGUGUAGUGCGUACAAAAAUGAUAAUUGAAUGCAAUAAAUAAAAAGUCAAAGCAACAAUAACAACAAGAAUAUUAUCAAAUUAUAUCACAACUAAUAGUGCACACACAAGCGCACAACAACAAUAUAAUCAAGCGAAACGGCAGAUACAAAACAAACACACACAACAAUAACAACCAACUAACGGCAGAACGUUUAACGUUUAAGUGAGCAUCAGCAGCGACCGCCGCAGCGACAGAGGCAGCGACUGCGACAGCGAAAAUAGCAACAAAAUGUCGAAAAACUGUUGAGCUGGCAACAUGGACUCGGCCGCCAUGGCCAUUGCUGUGGGGGGCGGCGGCGGCGGCAACUCUGGCCCUGGCAGCAGCAGCAGCGCCAGCAGUGGUUAUGGCAGUGCCACAACCACGCCCACAACGCCAAUAGGCACCGGAGGCGGCCAUUAUGAGGGCACGGCAACGCCAAUGGCCACCAUCGCAACGGUGGCGCCCUUCUACAGCGAAGCCCUGACCAGCCUAGAUGCCCAUCAUCAGCGACAGCAGCAGCAGCAGCAGCAGCAGCAGCAACAGCAGCAAACGCACUUUUAUCAUCAGAACUAUAAUUAUGGCAGUCUGGAUGCGUACAACUAUAGUGCCUACAAUUACAAUGCGGCCAGCAACUAUACGAGAAGCUACGAGAAGCUGGCGCCCAAAUACAAUAACAACAGCGGUGUCGUGGGCGGGAGCGGGAGCGGUGGCGGGGUCGGGGUUAACAUGAUGGGGAGCAGCAAGCCACAGGCGGCAGCCACGCCCUUCUAUGCACAACCCCAAGCGCUGGGCAUGGCCAUGUCCAUGCCGAGCAGCUAUGCGUACGAGGCCUACAAGUACAAGAUGCCACAGCAGCAGCAGGUGCAGCAGCAACAGGUGCAGCAGCAGCAGGUGCAACAGCAGGUGCAGCAACAGCACCAGGUGCAAUAUCAGAGUAUGGCCAUGCAACAGCAAAAGCCAAGCCAGCAGCAGCAACAGUUGCUGCCACAACAGCAGCAACAAUUGCAGCAGCAACAAUUGCAACAGCAACAAUUGCAACUGCAACAGCAACAAUUGCCGCCGCAACAACAACAGCAACAACAAUUGCUGCCGCCGCUCGAGCCCAACUAUGCCGCCAUCAAGCCGAGCAGUCGGUAUGGUAAUAUGCCGCCGGCUGCGGUCUAUGCCAGUCCGAACGCACCUGGCACACCUGGCGUCCCGGCACAGGUAGCCGGCGGCGCCUACUACGACAAAUAUGCCAUGUCCCUCUACUCGCCGAACGGAGCUGGACUGAGCUUCGGUGCGCCCGCACCGCCGCUCUACAGUCCGCCGGAGCUGCAGUCGGCGGAGUCCGCGUAUCGCAAGUCCAGCUGGAAUGUCGACUACAAUGCGGCCAAUUGUCGCGCCGCGGGCAACGGCAAUGGUAAUGGGAAUGGAGGCGCCUAUCAUCAUGGAACAGGCAGCGAUUUGUACUACAAAUAUGAGAAGUAUCCAACGGCUCAGACGUCAUCAUCGGCGGUGCCGGCGGCAAUGGGCAGCAAUCCGUAUCAGGCGAACCUGAACUAUGGCGCACGCGGCAUGUGGCCAGCAAAUCCGGUGGAACAGGCGCCACCACCCAGUUCCAGGCAGAGCUGCUGCACGCAGUCGUAUCCGCAGCAGAGCUGUUAUUAUCCGCGCAAUGGCUAUGGAGCACAGCCGCCUCCGCCACAGUAUCCCAGCCAGGUGAGCGGCAGUCACAAGCUCAAGCAUCCGACUGAUCUCUACGGCAGCUACGACCCGCUGGGCUAUGGCUAUGCACAGCCGGGCGGCAAUGGCGGCGCGCCCAAUCCUGUUACGCCCAGCAAUAAUAGUCGCGGCUAUGUGCCGCAGCUGGGCGUGGGCGUGGCCAUGGGCGUGGGCGUGGGCAUGGGCGUGAGCAUGGGCUUGGAGGCGAACGUAAGCACCGCCUACUACAAUGAUCUCGGCAGUCUGGACAGCGGCUACGGCCAGCAAACGCAUCGAACGCCGCCCUUUGCCCCCGCCGCCGCCGCCGGCUCGCUAGAGUAUGCCUAUCGGAAGCGGGCAAAUCCCAGCAACAACUGCUAUCUGGAGACGCCCGUGGACAGCUAUGUGGGCUACGAUCUGCACGCAAACUCCGCCGCGACACACUAUGCGCCGCAGCCGCAGUUGCCGCAGCAGCACAAGUCGGAGUCGCCGCCCAGCUCGAAUAGCUCCAAUAUACGUGACUUUCUGUCCAGCUGGAACGAUGACGAGGAGGAGUUGCCGCCGGCGCCGGUCCGACUUGAAGCGGAGCUACAGCAAACAACGGCAAUUGCUGUGGUUGCGCCCGUCGCAGCUGCUCCAGCUCCGGCUCCGACACUUGCCACGGCGUCCGGCUUUAUGUACGAGACGCUGCCGCCAGCGGGUCCGGUGGCCACGCAGGUCAAUGAUUGCCCCAGCAUGAAUCUGCCGGACAUCAUUAUCGAUCAUCAUCAUGAGAAGUCUAGCGUGGGCCAGGUGGAGGACUCCUUUGGCAGCUUCGAUGUGGAAAAGGAACUGGACGAGCUACGCUUGAAGAAGUGCGGCAUUGAGGCCAGCGAAUCGCAGCCGGCCGACACGGAUGCCCUGGCCGAGAUACUCCGAGAUCCGGUUGUGGCGCCGGAGGAGCCGAGCCUGGAGCUGCCGCUGGCCAGCCCGCUGCUGGAACCGCCCGCCAUUGAGUUUGAUCAGAGCAACAGCAACUCGAACGGCUCCACGUUUGAGAAGGAGUACGAGACGUUCAUACACAAGAUCGGCGGCAGCGACAGCGAGGUGGAGGAGCCAAACAAUGCCCAGGACGACAGCGAGUAUCGCCACAAGUUCUACAAGCGCAAGCGCCGGACAACGGAGCCAACGGAGCGGACGGAGCCAACGGCUGAGUUAGCUCCUGUGGAGUCCGCCCCGGCAGCUGCUCCGAUCUCGCUCUCGCCGAAGGCCUCGGCCCGGGCCAGUCGCCAAAGGGUAGCGCGACGUCGUCGCAAUCGCAUCAAAAUGCUGAAGAUACUCGAGUUCGAGAGUCCCAAGAUCAAGCAUCGCUUCUAUUUUCGCACGCUGAAGCUGCUCCGGCGCAAAUACGCCCUGAGCCGAAUGCGGGAGCAGCGCGGGCAGCGGAUGCGGCGACAGCUGGCGCUGCGCACGGCGGAGCAUCGCCUGCCGCUGAUCAAGCGGCAAUAUGCCAGGCGGAGUCCACGCAGCCUGAAGAGCUUAGGCGGCACGGAAACCGCCGUUUCGGAUCGGGAGACGGUCAUCAAGCGUGGCUAUGCCUUGCGCGAGCAGCCACAGGUCUUGGAGGAGCAGCAAAAUGGCUGCGACUCGAAUCAUACCCUGCAGUCCGUGGGCAGCUUCAAGGGCUUUGACGAUGUCGAGAAUACGCAUCUGUCGCCGAAGGCCAAGCUGCAUGCGGACACGGAAACGGAGGUGGAACGGAAUGUGGACAAGCAGCUGGAAGUACAGCGUUGGCUGCAUCAGAGCACGGAGCAAGUGACCCCGCAAGAAGUGCCACAAGAAGUCACCCGCUUGAACUCAGCCGCUAUCGCAUCCGUCUCCUCCGCCUCCUCCUCGUCCUCUUCGUCCUCCUCCUCCUCUUCGUCCUCGUCUGCCAGUUCGAGCAGCUCCUCGUCCAGCUCCAGCACGAGCAGCAGCAGCAGCGGUGGCAGCCGCUCCGGCGAAGAGAGCGACUUCAAUGAGAUGGCCGCGCUGGAGAAGGAGUUGUCGCUGCCCAAACCGACGCCGGAGCCGGAGCCGGCGCUGUUGCCCAGCAGCAGCUGCGACAGCCAGGCGCAAGUCUCCAACAAUGACAUAGCCAAGCUCAAGCAAAUUCUGGAGAGCGAUGACGACCUCGAGGAGGAGCAGCAGCCGCAGCGGGAGCAGGAGCGGUCCAACAACGUACCAAAGCUAAGUGACCUUAGUAAAAUUGCCUUAAAUAGUUCCUUAAAAGUUAGCGACUUAGUCAUAAGUGAACCGGGUGUGUCCAUGGAGGCGACGCCGCCGGUUACGCGCGAGCUGAGCGUCGAGGAGGCGCUGGCCGAGAUGUAUCAGCAAAUAGGCGUCACCUCCGAUGCGGACGAAACGGAAGAUGAAACCGAAAUUGUGGCCAAGCAGCUGGAAGGCGCCUCUGUCGCCGCCUCUGAAGCCAAUGGACAGGAUGUGCUGCUCAUUAAUCUCGCCGAGAUUUUCGACAACAACAGCAGCGAUCUGUACGUGGUGCAAUGCGACAUGAACGAGAACAUAUUGGGCGUGGUAGCGGACGAACUGCAGCCGGAGCAGCAGGCUCAGCCGGAACAGGAGCAGGAGCAAGUCAAUACGCUGCAGCUGAUCGAGCUGCUGGCCGAGCCGGAGCCGGAGCCGCAGUUCAUCCACCACGAGGAGGUGGUGCCGGACAACUACAAGAGAUUCGAGCGCCGACAGUUCCUCAAGUAUCUCCACGCCAAAUAUGUCCAGAACAAUAUCAGUCGCUUCUACCAUGCCCAGCGCGUGCUCAAGAAGUACAGAAGGCGACGCCUGGCGAGGUCCAGGAAGACGCGCUGUUAACCAAAGAUAGCUGCAACACACACAAGCACACACACAUACACACACACCCGAAAUCCCCCUCAUCCUCCGGACCACUGGAAACGGGAUUUGACGACAAAGUCGUCGGACUUGUCGUUCUCGCAUGAAAAAUCAACUUGGCGUGCCUAAUGGAUUAGAAAUUUGAAUUCAAAUUAUCCACACACACACACACCCGCACACACCUUCACUACCACACACACACACCCUUACACAUCCCCUCACACACACACACACACACAUUUCGAGAAUCUCAAAAGACUUGUUUAUGUAAAAUCAAAUUUUUUGUCAUUUUUUAAUAUGCAUAUACCCUAUAAAUAUGAGCGCAUAUACCCUAUAUAUAAGCGUGCA